GCUCGACUUUGAAGAACUAAAAACCAAACAAGAACUUUCUGCCAAUAUAUACACAUAUAUAUAUUAUAUACAUUUCUGACGAAGAUCGAUCAUGAACGGAAGAAGCUCGAGUACCAAGAGGAACGGUGGCAGUUCCAGAGUCAAAUCCAGACCUCUCAGGAUUGCGAUAAUGGGAGCAGCAGCGGUUGGCAAAACGUGCAUCGUAAACCGCUUCAUGAAUGACACGUUUAACGAGAAACACAAAGCGACCGUGGAGGAUUUUCAUCAGAAACAGUACAAAAUCAGCAAAAACAACGUUCAGUUGAUGGAGAUUGUCGAUACGACUGGGAGCUACCAGUUCCCAGCGAUGAUGAGGGUUUCAAUGACCAUCAGCCACGCUUUUAUUCUUGUCUUUUCCCUGGAUGACAGCAAAUCAUUCGAGGAAGUUGACAGACUGAGACAGGAAAUCCUCGAAGAACGGGGAGACAAACCCACAUAUAUUGUCGUUGUCGCGAAUAAAUCCGACGUCCCUGAACGUGAGAGAGAGGUCUGUCCAAUUACUGCUGAAAUUGUGGCAACAGUAGAUUGGGAAUGUGACGACUUUAUUCUGACAUCUGCUAAAGAUGAUAUCAAUAUCACCACCUUAUUCAGUGAAAUCACCAAAGAACAUUACCUCCGAGAAAAUGCACAAUGUACAGAUAGCCCUGCAACAGUUGCUCCAGGAGAGAGACGAAAAUCAGUGCCAUUGACUUUUAUAAAUUAUACUUCUUCAAAUUUAAGAAAAUCAAAAGCUAACACAAGUUGUACAAUUUCGUAAAGAUAAGUUAAAUACAUGUAUAUUAAGAAUAUGUAAAAAUGUUAAUAGUGUACAUAUUAAUAAAUUCGCAUAUAAAAUGAU